CCUCGGCACAACUCACGCAGAGCAUUGAGAAACAGACAGGAUGUAGCCUCGUUCGUCGCCUUCUGUCGAGCCACGUAGGGCUAUCAGGCUGUUGUAAGGCCUAAUAAUGAUAACCACACGCAAAGCGCAUGUAUACAUCCCUGCUGCUGGAACUAAUAAGGUUGACAUUGCCACGCCCGAAGCAAAGCAAAAGGCGGUCCAAGCGGUAUGGCGUGGCUUCUACGCCCGAUGGGAGGGCCCGGCUGCAGAGGUCAUCCAGCGGUGGUACAGAGGCCACCUGGCGCGGCGAUAUGUGCGGGCGCUGCGGCAGGGGCGAUUGCUCAACCACCAGCUGGCUGCCCUAGACGCGAAGGCGGUGAAGGCGUGGCUUCAGGGCGCCAGCUGGCUGCGCCGCGCCUCCAAGGGCCUCAAGCACACCGCCGCCCACAAUGCCAAGAUUUCGGCGGCUCUGAAGGGCAAGACCUUGACCGCCGCCACCAAGGCCAAGCUGUCGGCGGCUCUGAAGGGCAAGCCCAAUGCCAAGCUGGCGGCGGCUCUGAAGGGCAAGACCUUGACCGCCGCCCACAAGGCCAAGAUUUCGGCGGCUAUGAAGAAGAAGAAGGGCAAGACCGCCGCGAGCGGCGAGCGGUCCCGUGUGGAGCAGACGGCGGCGGUGGUUAUCCAGCGCCACUGGCGGGGGCUGCUGGCGCGGCGGCUGGCGGCCGAGCGGCGCAAGGCGGCCACUGACAUCCAGCGCUGGUGGAAGGGUUACCGAGCGCGCAAGGACUGGCCGCGCCUGCGGCUGCGCUGGCGGGCCCUCAAGCACUACGCCACGGACAUUCAGCGCUGGGUCAGGGGCCACCUCACACGGCUCAAAGUACGCAAGCUGCGCGCGGCACGGCUGCCGCAGUCUCGUGCCAGUGGUCCCGCUGUUGACGACGACGACGGCAGUGAGGCCGCAGCGCGGCAGCGGCGGCGCGAUGCGGCGGCCGCCACCAUCCAGGCGCACUGGCGCGGUCUCCAGGCGCGCAAGCGGCGCGCGUGGCUGAAGCGGGAGGCGGCCAAGCGGCAGCGCUAUGAGCGGCGGCUGGCGGCGGCACAGGUGCUCCAGGCGCACUUUCGCGGCUGGCGCGUGCGGCGGGCGGUGGGGCGGCUGCGGGCCGCUGGGCCGCUGGCUGCGGGGUCGCUGUCAGGAGGGCUGGUGGCGGCCCCAGGCAUUGCUGGAGACACACGUGAUGUGGUGGUGCUUCCGUACGGCAAGUACGACGAGGACGGGGCGGGGGCGGGCGGGGGCCUCGGGGGGCCCGUGCCGCACGGGCACCCCGAGCCGCCGCCGCUACAGCCGCCGCCGUCAAAGGAGGUUGCGGUGGCGCCGGCGCCGGCGCCGAAGCUACCUGCCACACAAAAGACGGCGCCUGGGCCCCGGGGUGGUGGGGGCACUGCGGCUGCAGCCGGCAGGCGGCCGGGUGCUGGUGCUACUGCUGGUGCUACUACUGGUGCUACUGCCACGGCACCGGCCCCUGCCACGUCCGGCCCGCCUGCCACAGUGCCUGCCGCAACGGUUGCUACCAAGCCGGCAACGCGGCCGGGAACAGCCACAGCAGCAACAGCCACAGCAGCAGCAGCAGCCACAGGAGCAGCUCCGGGCAGCGGUACAGGCAGCGGCAAGCCCGCGGGCAGGACGCCUGUGGGUGCCCUGGCAGCUAUAAGAACCGCCCGCGCGCCGCCUGCCGCCCCUGCAAAGCAGCCGGCAGCUACAGCCCCUGAGCGCGCGAGCCCGGUACAGCAGUCGCCCGCGGGCUCGGCCCCAGGGACGCCUACCGGCAGUAGCCGCGCCGGCGCAAACGGCGCAUCGCCACUAAGCUCGCCUCAUGCCAGGUCUGGGACUGCUACAGCCGCUGCUGCCAGCAGCAGCGGCAGUAGCCUGAAGCCGCUACAGCCGGGCUCAGCGCCGCAGACGCCGCCGCACGCGCAGCCGCAACCGCAGCCCUCCACGCCGGCGCACUCGCGUGCCGCCGCGGCCAGCCCCCCGCGUGGCAGCGCGGCAGCGGCCGAUGGCAAGUCAGGCCCCGGCAUCGCGUCUAGAGAGGGGCUCAAGCCCGUUACUGUGCCCACCACACGCUCAGCCACGUCGCCAGCAGCCUCGCCAAAGGUUGCUUCCGCCAACCCUCGGCCCAUCGUGCGCCCGGAGUCGCCAGCUCGCAGCACGCCGCGCGGCGCCGCGUCAUCCACCACACCCGCGACCUUGGUGCGGGCGCCUUCGACCUCAAACAACACGUCCUCCUCCCCCACAGCACCGGCGGCAGCGGCGCCAGUAGCUAUGGCGGCGGCGUCACGACCGGGGACUGGCGCAGCGGCGGCGGGCGGCUUCGGCCGGAGCGCGGUGACGGCCGGUGCCAAAGACCCAGCGGCAUCAGCCGGGCUGGGGACGUCGCGGCCGGGCACCUCGGGCGCAGGGUACAACCGCAGUCGCUCUCUCGGCAGCGGCGCUGUCGCAGGCGGCGGCGCGGGCGCCGCUGCUGCCGCGAGCGGCGCGGGCAGAGCCCGCAGGACGCCGGCGGCGUUGGGUGGGAUGGCGCCGCCUCCGGCGGCGGCGCCGCCGCCACUCCCAGUGCGCUCGGUCAGCAUGCGCGCAGACGCGCUGCGUGUGUCCGCACCGGACCUGCAGCUGCUGCGGCCGCGCCGGCUCAGCAGCGGUGUCGGCAGUAGCGCCGCCACAGGAGCGCUGGGUGCGGUGGAUGCCGGCGGGGGGGCCCCGCUGGGUGCGGUGCGGGGGCCUAGCUACAGCGGCGGCGGCCCGUCGUUGCGCGGUACGGUGUUGGAGGAGGGAGAGGAGGGCGAGGCGGGACAGCAGGAGAGCGGCGGGGGGAUGAGCGGCACGGGCGGCGUGCGGCGCUACGCAUGGACGGAGGGCGGCGGCGCAAGCGCCACUGCUAGCUGGCAACAUCAACAGCAACAGCAACAACAACAUCAGCCGCCACCGGCAACACCUCGUGCGCUGCGGAGAGGCAGCAGCAGCAGUGGCGGUCUGCCGUUGUCCGCUUCCACAUCUGCUGCUACUGCCGCUACUGCUGCUGCAGCCGUGACGGGGCCGUCGCCCUUGGACGCGGCGGGCCACCCUCUGCACGACCAAGUCAUGCGGGCCAACCGGGGCGGGAGGUUUGUAAACGGGACAGGGGGCACAGGGCCGGGCGCGGGGGCGGCGGCGGCGGGAAGGAGGGGAGGGCCGCCAGCGACGGGCGUUGCAGGUCUUGGCGGCGGCAAUGCAGGUGCCGGUGGGGGAGGUGGUGGGAGCGGCGCGAGGGCGGGCUCAGCGGCGCGGCGGCAGGCGCGGCAUACCGCCUCUUAGCCGUGGCGGGCUAUUUGCUGCAUGCGCCCUGCAGUCUGUUGUUGCGGGCGUGGAGGUGAUGGGUGGUACCAGUGCAUGGACUAGGAACUGGAGUGCAGAGGAAGGCUGAGACGCGGAGAGAGGCGGCUUGACCGAAAAUCAGUAACGGCAUAGAGUAGGACGCGAGGGCAAAGGGGCUUUGCUGGUUGAGUUGUGAGGUAUGCUUGCCCACGAAAUGGAGCGCUAAAGGUUGGUGUUUUUUGGUCAAUACGCGGUGGGAGUGACUAUGCUCGCAAACUGUGAUGCAGGAUGGUAAACUAGAUUGCUCGGCAGCGACGGUAAGGCAUGGCGAUGUGGUAACUACAGAGACAUGACGUCCUUGAUGUGAGGGUGACGGUGACGCUGAGUUGACUCAUGAGACUCGAGUGCUCCACACCUGUCCGAACUACUUCGUAGUUUGGGCGAAAGGGAGCCUGUUUUACUUUGUCAGUAAAGGGCGCAAGGCAGGUCUUGUACGGUACAGUUAAGCCGCGCCCUAUCUUAGGAUGGGGAUAGAGACACGUAGCAGCCAAGAAGGCGGCGGGCGCGGCAUUACUGCAGCAGUUGAAGGCGUUGAAGAAGAGCAAGCAGGCAAGGCGAGAAGGGAAGGUCAGGCUGUCGCCUGUCCAGCUGUAGCAGCAGUAGCAGCAGCGAUUGAAGCAGCGGCUGCAGCUGCAUCCGGUCCGGCUGGGGAGCCGCCGGGACGGCGGAGGGGGCUGCUGUGGGGCCGCUGACGCGGGGUGGUGGGCGUGGAGCGAUGACGGGAUGUUGCACACGCGUGCCAGGGG